AUGCGCCUAUUGCGACUACGCUAUGGCCUUGCUGCCGGAUACUCUCACUUGAGGCUCAGAAUAAAUAUCUGUCGCAGCUUUUCCAGCUCCCAGGUUCAUCGUGAGCUGACACCGUUCACGCGCCGGCUCUUCAAACUCCCCUCGGCCCCAUCUCCGCCCUCGCAACACCACAAUGACCUGACAACAUUUCUCUCCUACGCGGAGCAUAUUUCUCUUCCAGAGACGAGUACGGUACAUGUCGGCACACACUACGAGUAUACCGUUCUCCGAACCCUACGUCGCUAUGCGCUAAGCCUUGACCGCAUCGGCGGUCGCGACGACGCCGGCAUCGAUCUCGUUGGCACUUGGCACCUUCCGGAGCGGGAGCGAGAGCGCGCACUCCGCGUACUGGUACAAUGCAAAUCCCUGAAGGCCAAAGUGGGCCCUAACGUCGUCCGCGAGCUAGAAGGAACCUUCCGCCAGGCACCUGUCGGGUGGCGCACGGGCGAAACGGUUGGCGUGCUGGUGAGCCCGCGUGAGGCAACCAAAGGUGUUCGUGAUACGUUAGCUCGGAGCUCAUAUCCGUUGUUCUGGAUGAUGAUCGAGCGGGAUGGAACCUUGAAGCAGGCACUUUGGAAUGCCCGUGCAGAGGAACUUGGGAUUGGCCCUCUAGGCGUGGAAACACGAUAUGGAACCACAGGAGACGCCGAAUCUGGCUCGGUUACAAAGGAAAUGCUAUUGACCUGGGAUGGAUGUGAUAUCCCCGAUAUGGACCAGGUGGAGCAAAAGCUUUUCGAGUUCGCCGAAGAAUGGGUCGCAUCCUGGGGUAUGGACUUGUCGGAAAUCCAGAAGGGGGAGCUUCUGGAUGCUGCAGAAAGAAUCCUACCGCAUGACGUCUCUGCUCAACUGCUUGACAGGACAAUAUCGGACGCAGACAGGAAGAAGGUAACCCAAGCUUUACAAGAGCGGCUACAACAGCAGCGAGCAUCCGAGUGA